AUGGCGGCGACUUUUCAAGAUCUACCGGAUGUUGCCAUGCAUCUUAUUGCGCAGUAUGCUUUAGGGAUGUCUGAACAUGGGAUUCUGAAACCAGAUAUUGCGGCGCAGAGGACGGCGGUAUCUCUGUCGAGAACAUGCAAAAGGUUGCGCGUGGCGACAGCGCAUGCAGUGAAGGAGCUGCAUUAUGGAACUUGCGAGGGCAUGUGGCCCAGCGUCCGUGUGAUUUCGCCAUAUAUCUGGGAAAACCUUCGUGUUAUGGAUUGUACUGUCAAUCGUUCAGGCCUGUUGGGCUUUCUUAAAUGGCUAAUGCCGGGAACGGGAAUUACUUGUUUUAGACUUCGAGUUGUUGGUGACCCAUAUCCAGAAGCAAGGUUGUUGCAACUUGAACGGGUUUUAUUGGGAAGGCUAUUCACGCAAUGUGGACAUCGUUUAGUCGAGCUAGAGAUCACUGGAAUUAAUUGCCAGGCUCUCCUAUUCUCGGUGCUCUUUCAAUGUACAAGUCUUCGCGAUUUUCGUAUCAGUGAUUAUGGCGAAGAGAGCUCUUCUACCCUCCUCAGUAUGGUUAUGCUUCUGUGCCUUGCGAACAGGAAAUCGCUUCAAUCGAUUGAGUUUCCGUUUCAGAUAUGGCGGGAUCGGAUGGACAAGGUCCCUAAUGGAUCUGUCCUUUACGCAGCUUGUGAGGUCACGUGGGCAACACUGUGGGGUAGUUAUCGCGCGGGGCUGAAAGAAUCAGCAGUCAAUCUUCCGUCAGAUGAAACGGAAUUGAUUGCUUCCUUUAAAAAGGUCUCUCUUCGGAUGGAUGACCUCGAAAUCAGCAUGAAACGGAAUUUGGGAGACUUUAAAACGCUAGCGCCGUUCAUCGAGGCUGGCGAUAUCCCUGAUGUAGUGUUGUGGCGGUUAAUGCCCAAACUUUUACAAGUGAAUAGUAGACCUGUAUCGAAAAGCGGGGAUGGCAGAUAA